AUGCUAUGUACUAGGCCUGAUAUUGCAUAUGUUGUGAGUGUUACAAGUAGAUAUCAGUCCAAACUGGGGGAAAAACACUGGUCAGAUGUUAAGACGAUCCUUAAGUACUUAAAAAGAACUAAGGAUGUAAUACUAAGUUAUGGAGGUUUAGAGUUGAAAAUUGAUGGAUACUCUGAUUCUGAUUUUCAAUCAGAUGUGGAUGAUAGAAAGUCUACAUUCGAGUUCAUUUUCACAUGCAAUGGAGAUGCAGUCAGUUGGAAGAGUUCAAAACAGUCGACUACUGUCGAUUCCACUUCUGAAGCUGAAUACAUUGUCGCUUCAGAAGCAGCAAAGGAAGCUGUCUGGAUACAUAAGUUCAUGACUGAACUUGGUGUAGUUCCAAACAUGGUUUAUCUGAUAACCUUAUACUGUGACAAUACUGGUGUUGUUGCACAGUUAAUAUUGCAUGUGAAAAGUCCAGAUGACAAGGAUCUUCAGAAGAUCAAAUGA